AGAGAAAUUCAAUCUGAACAUUUUAAGAAGACGAGAUUUACAGAAGCUUGAAACUAAUUCGGGGAGAUUAUUUUCUGUAGACAAAAUGUCUGGGCGUGGAAAGGGCGGCAAGGGUUUGGGGAAGGGAGGCGCCAAGAGGCACAGGAAAGUCCUUCGCGAUAACAUCCAGGGUAUCACCAAGCCCGCCAUUAGGCGUUUGGCCAGGAGAGGAGGUGUUAAGCGUAUCAGUGGCUUGAUCUAUGAAGAAACCAGAGGAGUUUUGAAGAUCUUCUUGGAGAAUGUGAUAAGAGAUGCUGUCACUUACACUGAACAUGCACGGCGUAAGACUGUGACCGCCAUGGAUGUGGUCUAUGCUCUCAAGCGACAGGGCAGGACUCUGUACGGCUUCGGCGGUUAAGAUUCUUUCUGCCUGCGGUGAAUUCGAAUUUUCCAGGUGUUCUUCAACACCACUACUUCUGGGAAUUGUUUGUUAAAAGCUCUUUAAUUAAAAUAGUUGGUGUAGUGAUAAAGAAUGAUGUCUUGCCCCAAGGGUUUGGUGUUGAAAAUUUUAGUUUCAGCAAGGGUUUAUAGAUCUGUAAGGCGAUGGAUCAUUGCUGGCAGAUUUGAGGUUUUUAAGUGUCAAUAUAGUGAUAGGAUUCUGUAAUUGCGGACUGUCUGCGACUCCGAAGUUAUAAAUUUAAGCGAAUUAAUGGGGUUUAAUGUUGGUUUCAUCUAAUUGGAGGAUUUUGCAAUGCAUAAAUAAAAGGAGUAGAACAUGGUUAUGACCUA